CGCCAAAUGCAGCGCCCUACAUCUUCGCGAUGGGAACGGAGCUCGGGAUCUCAAGUGACGAGCUUGGCCAGAUAGCGUUUCAGGUAUGCUGCACGACGGCGCGCGAAGCGAGCAGGACUGUGAGCGACGUCCCGCUUGUCUUUCUCUUGCACGGUUUGGGAGGCACGCGACUUCUCCACAGUGCGCUCGCGCAAGAACUCGCGAGCGAGGGCUUCGCCGUUCUCACCAUGGACCACACCUUCGAGUCCAUUGCUGUCGAGUUCCCGGACGGGUCCGUCGUCCCUGGGCUCAACGCUUCAGACCCGACCAUCACCGACCCCGAGCGGUUGGAUCCCCUCCACCAAAUCCGCAUCGACGAUGUGCGGUUUGCCGUCUCGCGACUUGCGAGCAAGGAGGUCGCAGCGAAAGUGGCGCCGGAUGCCUCGUGUGGAUUCAACACCUCUCGCGUCGUAGCGCUGGGACACUCAUUCGGCGGCAGCGCGUCUAUCCAGCUGCUCAUGCUUGACUCGCGGUUUGUCGGAGGGCUCAAUCUGGACGGCAACCAGCAUGGAAACAUCAGCGAUGCGCAGCAGCCGGCCGUACUCGUGGGUGCCGCGGGCGCAACUGCGUAUCCACACAACUCGACCACGGAUCCUUCCUGGGCGGAAACCCUGCGGCAUUUGAAGGGAUGGAAGGCGGAGAUCGGGGUGACUGAUAUGGCGCAUAUGGGCUUUACUGACUUGGCAUACCUGAGCGGUAUAGGGGCGCUGACGCUCGAGAAGGAGGUGGCGGAUCCUCUGGUUGGAUCGCUAGAUGGAAGGAGGAGUUUUGAAAUUGUGUCGACUUAUGUGAAAGAGUUUUUGGGGUUUGUUCUCGAUGGUAAGAACACGACGCUCUUUGAUAUGCCGAGUCCGGAGUUUCCUGAGGUCGUUGUGGUGUGAAUAUCGAAAAGUAGAUCUGGUGAGUUUUUCCAGGCAAAGGGUUGUACGCAUGUGCUUGCCACGGUGGCGUUCUUUCCGACGUUUGCUCUUUGGUGUAGCUGCCGAUAUAUUCCUGCACUGCGGAUGAUAGCCCUGUCGCUGUUGUCAGUAUUAGAAGGUGUGGUGCAUGUGCACCGUAAGUAGGGCCUGGCAUCGCCACUAGCCCAUUAUUGUAGCUCCG